CAAGAGGAAGUAUUCAAUUGUCUCGGUUCUGGUGUCCUCGAAAACGCGUUUUCUGGGUACAACGCAUGUAUUUUUGCCUAUGGACAGACGG